AUGUUGAGGCACCGCGCGGCCGCCCGGGUCACCAACGAGCCCAUCCUCGAGUUCAAGCCGGGGAGCCCCGAGCGAGCGGCGCUGCAGAAGGCACUUGCUGAGCUGAAGGGCAAGACUGAAGCCAUCCCUUGCGUGGUCGGGGGAGAGGAGGUGUGGACACCGACAGUGCGGUACCAGCUGUCGCCAUUUAAUCAUGCACACAAGGUGGCCAAGUACUGCUACGCUGAUAAGGAGCUCAUUAACAAAGCCAUUAAUGCUGCCUUGGCAGCAAGGAAGGAAUGGGACCUGAAACCUGUCCAGGACCGAGCCCAGAUCUUCCUGAAGGCAGCUGACAUGCUGAGUGGCCCGAGGCGAGCAGAAGUGCUGGCCAAAACCAUGGUUGGACAGGGGAAAACUGUCAUCCAGGCGGAGAUCGAUGCUGCUGCUGAGCUGAUCGACUUCUUCCGGUUCAACGCCAAGUACGCCCUGGAGCUGGAGAACAGCCAGCCCCUCAGCGUGGACAUCAGCACCAACAGCAUGGUCUACAGGGGGCUGGAGGGUUUCGUGGCAGCCGUUUCUCCCUUCAACUUCACGGCAAUUGGUGGCAACUUGGCAGGGGCUCCAGCCUUGAUGGGAAAUGUGGUCCUGUGGAAGCCCAGUGACACAGCCAUGCUCUCCAGCUACGCUGUCUACAAGAUCCUCCUGGAAGCUGGGCUCCCUCCCAACGUGGUGCAGUUCGUGCCGGCCGACGGACCCGUCUUUGGAGACACCGUCACCAGCUCCGAGCACUUCUGCGGGCUGAACUUCACCGGCAGCGUCCCGACUUUCAAGCACCUCUGGAAGCAGGUGUCCCAGAACCUGGAUCGCUACCGCAAUUUCCCACGCUUGGCUGGAGAGUGCGGAGGGAAGAACUUCCACCUGGUGCACAGCUCAGCCGACGUGGGCAGCGUGGUGAACGGGACCCUGCGCUCUGCCUUCGAGUACGGCGGCCAGAAAUGCUCGGCCUGUUCCCGCCUCUACGUCCCGGACUCACUGUGGCCCCAGAUCAAAGAGAAGCUGCUGGAGGAGCACGGGAAGAUCAAAGUGGGAGACCCCGCCCAGGAUUUUGGGACGUUUUUCUCUGCAGUGAUUGAUGACAAGUCCUUUGCACGGAUCAAGAAGUGGAUCGAACACGCCAAGAAGUCGCCCAACCUCACCAUCCUGGCGGGUGGCGGCUGCGAUGACAGCGUCGGGUACUUCAUCCAGCCCUGCAUCGUGGAGACCAAAGACCCCCAGGACCCCAUCAUGAAGGAGGAAAUCUUCGGCCCAGUCCUCACGGUGUACGUGUACCCGGAGCAGCGGUACAAGGAGGUGCUGGAACUCAUCGACACCACCACGCCCUACGGCCUCACGGGGGCGAUCUUCGCCCAGGAGAAGCAGCCCCUCCAGGCCGCCCGCCGCCUCCUGCGCAACGCGGCCGGGAACUUCUACAUCAACGACAAGUCCACGGGGGCCGUGGUGGCUCAACAGCCCUUUGGGGACCCCCGCAUCUCAGGCACCAAUGACAAACCCGGGGGUCCCCACUACAUCCUGCGCUGGACGUCCCCCCAGGCCAUCAAGGAGACCCACGUGCCCCUGAGGGACUGGUGCUACCCCUACAUGCAGUGA